AUGGCCGCCUCGUCUGUGCUAUCUUGGUGCUGUGUAGCUGUGGCCUUCUUGCUCACCGGCGCUACGCGACCUGCACACUGGUCUCCGGAACGCUUAGCAUUGCUCGAAAGGUUCGUUGGUCUGAGUUCGCUUGGCAACCUCGAAGAGGCGAUACCAACCGAGCAGAGCCUGCUGGACGUGGUAGACCCCGAUCCCACUAUCAGUACCGCCACGGCGCAAGCCGUGGAAAGGGCAGGGAUCUGCAGAAAUCUUCGUGGACAUCGAGAAAAUCACUGCAAGAAGUAUCGCCAGAAAGACGUUUGCCUUGAUUACGACGGUUGCUUCUGGGACCCUCGUGCCGAGUAG